AUGUCGAACAUGUGCAGGAAAGGAUUGGACCAGGCUCCAACUUUGAGAAGAAUUGUGAUCCUUGGAAAAACUGGAGCAGGAAAAAGUAGUGCUGCAAACACUAUAUUUGGAAAAAAAGAGUUUAAAGUCUUUUCUAGUUUCAGAUCAGGAACUAGUCAAUGUCAAGCAGAAACUCACCCUAUAAAUGGAAAAGAUACAACCCUGAUUGAUACGCCUGGUUUCUUUGAUACAAACACACCUAAAGAAGAGCUAAUGCCUGAAAUGUGGAAUUGCAUCACAAUGUGUUUACCUGGACCACAUGCUUUCCUCAUUGUGCUUAAAUAUGAAAGAUUUUCAGAGCUGGAGAAUGAGAUCUUAAACCAAAUAACCAAACACUUCUCUGAAGAAGUGUUCAAAUAUGCCACAAUUGUCUUUACUCAUGGUGAAGAUCUCCCUGAAGGGCAGACAAUCAAAGAUCAUUUGAGUCACAGUGAUUGUUUAAGUGAGGUUGUGAGAAAAUGUGGUGGUCGGUGCUAUGUCAUAGACAGCAAAUAUUGGAACGAUUCAGAUGACCCAUACAGGAACAACAGCUACCAGGUUAAUAAGAUACUUGAAUCGGUAGAAGAGAUAGUUCUGGGAGAGACCAUGGAAAAUAUAGGGGGAUUUGUGCUCAUAGUUUUUGGGAUUUCUAUGGUGUUUGGGUCCUACAUUGACAAAUGCAUUGUGGAUGUCAGCAUCAAGAAGAACAUCACCAACCAGGCCAACCAACGACCCUGGAUGAAUGGAGAUGUUCGGAAAUCUCUAUAA